AUGCGUGAGUAUAAGCUAGUUGUUCUUGGCUCAGGAGGAGCUGGAAAAUCUGCUCUGGAACAAUUUACAGCAAUGAGGGAUUUGUACAUGAAAAACGGACAAGGCUUUGCAUUAGUUUAUCCCAUCACAGCGCAGUCCACACUUAAUGAUUUACAAGAUCUGAGAGAACAGAUUCUUCGAGUUAAAGACACUGAUGAUGCUCCAAUGAUUCCGGUUGGUAAUAAGUGUGACUUGGAAGAUGAAAGAGUUGUAGGAAAGGAACAAGGUCAAAAUUUAGCAAGACAAUGGAACAACUGUGCAUUCUUAGAAUCCUCUGUAAAAUCAAAAAUAAAUGUGAAUGAGAUCUUUUAUGACCUAGUGUGGCAAAUUAACAGAAAAACUCCAGUGCCUGGGAAGGCUUGCAAAAAGUCGUCAUGUCAGCUGCUUUAAUAUACUAAAUGCAUUGUAGCUCUGAGCCAGGUCUGAAGAACUGUUGCCCAAUUCAACAGUGCCAGCAUUCCAACUUUGUUAAACCUACCAACAUCUUAAAUGGACUUUCUGUGGUGAUACCCUUUAAAAGGCGGAUGAAAGCUACUACAUCAGUUUGCACAUUCUAAUCACUUUCCAGUGUCACAAGAGAGAUUUUUACUUAUGUAAUAGUCCUAGAGUAUGCUGCUGGUAAAACCAGAGGCUACAAUCCAGUAUUACUGCUAAGAGACAUUUUUCAUCCACCAAUGUUGUACAUGUAUGAAAAUGGUGUACUGUAUACUUUAACAC